AUGGGCGUUCCGAACAAACGGACUAUCACCAAGACUAGGCGGUACAAGAGGGACAUUGACCAGAUCAAGGCCGAUAUCCUGUCGCCUAAGCACCUGAAACAAUACAAGGACACAAAGGCCCCUGAGGACCUUCCUGGCUUGGGCAGGCACUACUGUACCGAAUGUGCCAAGUGGUUUGAUACGGAGACGACGCUCGUUGUCCACAGGCGGGGCAAGCCUCACAAGCGGAGGGUCAAGCAGUUGAAGGAGGAGCCAUACACCCAGAAGGAUGCCGAGGCUGCAGUCGGUUUGUGGACUGACAACAAGGGCCCAUCCAAGGUCCAAGCGAGCGACGUCGACAUGUCUUGA